ACCAUGCUGAACGUGCUGCUGCUGUGCUGUGGGCUGCUGCAGGGGAUCCAGGCUGUGCUGGAUCUCAGGACUGCUGACCUGAGCUGUGGCCACGUGCAGAAGGCGAGCGGCGGGCUGGAGCGGGUGGACAGAGCCCGCCAGGCCAGCCUGCAGCGCAAGGGCAAGGAGGCGUCUGCCGAGCCGGCAGGAGCUCUCCCAAGGCUGGGGUUUGAGCAGAUGGCCCUGGGCGUCCAAGAAGCUGAUGGUGACAUUGUGCAGAGAGGCAGCCUGCUGGAACCACAGGCAUCAUCCACAGAGCUGCAAGCCGAGGGCCGUGAGGAGCGCUCCCCCCGCCGCUGUGUCCGCCUGCUGGAGUCCUGCCUGGGCCACCAGAUCCCCUGCUGCGACCCCUGUGCCACCUGCUACUGCCGCUUCUUCAACGCCUUUUGCUACUGCAGGAAAAUCAGCACCACCUUCCCCUGCGGCAAGAACUAG